UAAAAUUAAAUGGGAGUUGAGUAAUCAGAAUGCAAAUCGCUGCAGAAAGGCACAAACCCUUCCCCUUUGGCUUUCUGCCCUUCCCCGCUUACAUCCCCACCGCGUCGCCGCCACUGUCGACGGAACUUUUCCUUUCUCCACUGCGAAAGUCCUACCCAGGCCUCAUCCUUCCUCCCACACUAAUUAUUUGAAGUAAUUUAUCAAUUUUCAGUUACGUUCAUUGCUAUAAAGAGUUUCUAAGACACGUCCGAAAAAUUCGAGAUGCUUCCUAAUGCACUGGUUUCAAUUCAUAAGGGUGCCUAUAGUAAUCUGUUAUAGAAUUUGCUCUGCAGGUGAAACAGAGCCCCUUGGCAUCAAGGUCCAACUAUUCAGCAUGUACUAACUGAAAAAUAUGGAUACCAGCGACAUAGUGGUUUCAUCCAUUCGUGCUGGGAUGAAGAGGGAGUUUGCCUUCCUGAUGAAGGCUCAGUCUGAAAUGGGGGGGCUUCCAGCAGGCAGGAGAGUAACCAGGUCCCAGAGAGGCGGUAGUUCCAGCAGAGACUAUGUGGUAAGUGGUAGUAAGAUUAAUAAGAAAAUGAAGGUGUAUGCUUCUAAGAAAUCGAAAAAGAUUGACGAAGAGAAACCAGAAACAGAUGAUGUAGUCAAGUUGGAGCCAACUAAUGUUGUGGAUAGUCAAGUUGUAGUUGACAUUGAAUCUGAUAUGGGCAACUGUUCAAGAGAUUUAGAUGCUGACUUAGUCAAUGUAAUUGGCGAUAAAGCAGAAGAAAAAGUAGGUGCAAUAAAUUUAGAUGUUGAGUCAGUUGCUGUAGUGGUCAAUGGAGCAGAAGAGAACGUCGGCCCAAGAAAUUUAGAGGCUGACUCAGUUGCUGUAGUGAGCGAUGAGGCAGAACAGAAAGUGGGUGCAAGAAAUUUAGAGGCUGACUCAGUUGCUGUGGUGAGCGAUGAAGCAAGACAGAAAGUGGGCGCAAGAAAUCUAGAGGUUGACUUAGUUGCUAUAGUGGGCGAUGAAGCAGGCGAGAAAGUGGGCGCUGAUUCAAGGGAAGACAUUAUCCAGACUUUGUGCACAGAUUCACCUGUGGAUCAGAUUGGAGGUUGUGAUAGAGUUUCUAUUCAUGAAGAUGAUAGACUACUAAACAGUAUCUCUGGUUUGGGAUGUGAGAGUACUGCAGAGCGUACAAGCUUGUCCUUGGCAAAGCCACUAAGGAGAUUUACACGCUCAGCUUUGAAGAUGCAGGAUGGGGCGAUAGAGUUAGGAUCGGGGGCAGGAGCUGUGGAGAGUAUGACUACAAGUCCGUCAAAGCUUGAAAUGAAAAUGUCAAAAAAGAUUGGGUUUAAAAGAGCUCCGAUUAAAUUAAAGGACCUUCUUGAGACAGGAUUGCUCGAGGGGCUUCAUGUUCGCUAUGUUAAUGGAUCAAAGAGGAGGAGGAGGCCUGAAUCUGAACUUCAGGGAGUUAUUAAGGGGAGUGGGAUAUUAUGUUCAUGUGAUGAAUGUGAGGGGAAAAAGGUUGUUACUCCUAAUCAAUUUGAAUUCCAUGCACAUAGUAGCAAUAAGCGCCCACCAGAGUAUAUAUAUUUGGAGAAUGGAAAAAGUCUUAGAGAUGUGCUUAAAGCAUGCAAGGCCAAUCCUUCAGAUCCGCUGGAAGGUGUCAUCCGUAAUGCAAUUGGCCGUUCUAAUUAUACAACCACUUUCUGUCUCAAUUGCAGAGGGUUGAUUCCUGAAACUGGUACUGGCCGAGCAAUGCUUCUUUGUGAUUCCUGUGUUCUACUAAAGGAGUCUGGCCCCAGUCAAGCUCAGAUCAGUGAUGUCACCCUCAGGUCUCCUUUGGCUGGUUCACCAGCUCCUGCGUCUUCUAUUUGUCUGCCUGAAGUUCUAGAUAUUGUUCAAGUUUCUCCACAUAGCCAACCUCAAGCUAAGAGUCAGGGGAAGCUGACACGGAAGGAUCUGAGAAUGCAUAAGUCUGUUUUAGCAGAAGAUCUGCUCCCUGAUGGCACUGCUUUGUCGUAUGUUAUGCAUGGAAAGAUAAGGCUUGAGGGUUACAAGAAAGAUGGUUCAAUCUUCUGCUUCUGUUGCAAGAAAGUGGUGAGCCCCUCCCAGUUCGAGGCUCAUGCUGGUUUUGCUUCACGUCGGAAGCCGUACAUGAGUAUAUACACUUCCAAUGGAGUUUCUCUGCAUCAGCUAUCCCUUGAAAUUUCCAGAAGUCGUAAAUCAUCUACUGAAGAAAAUGAUGACCUUUGUUCUAUUUGUGAGGAUGGAGGAGAUCUGUUAUGCUGUGAAAAUUGCCCACGAGCUUUCCACACUGAAUGUGUUGAUCUCUUGAGCAUUCCUCAGGGAAUAUGGUAUUGCAACUACUGCCAGAAUAUGUUUGAAAAGGAAAGGUUUGCAGAGAAUGACGCGAAUGCUAUCGCAGCUGGUAGAGUCCCUGGUGUAGAUCCACUAGAGGACAUCACCAGGAGGUGCAUUCGUAUUGUUGCAAAUGUUGAAAAAUAUAUUGGGGGUGGAUGUGUUAUUUGCAGAGUAGAUGAGUUCAGCAAGUCAGGUUUUAAUGACCACACAGUUAUGAUCUGUGAUCAGUGUGAGAGAGAAUAUCAUGUCAAAUGUCUAAGGGAGCUAGAGAUUGAGGAUUUGAAGGCACUUCCAGAAACCGAAUGGUUCUGCAGCAAAAAGUGCAGCAGUAUCCAUUCUAUACUUCACAAGAUGAUUGGUGAUGGUGACCAAAUGCUUCCAGAAGCUGUCCUUAAUGUCCUGGAGAGGAAAGGCGAUGGACAAGGUUCAGAGGAGAAUCCUAAGCUAGAUGUGAGAUGGAGGCUACUCAGAGGAAAAGUAUCUUCAGAGGACACCAGGGUUUGGCUUUCUGGUGCUGUCACUAUAUUUCAUGACCGAUUUGAUCCUAUAGCUGAUGCCAGCACCAGCCGUCUCGACCUUAUUCCAACAAUGGUUUAUGGAAGGAAAUUCAAAGACCAAGAAUUUUAUGGCAUGUAUUGUGCUAUAUUGACAGUUGGCUCUGCAGUAGUAUCAGCCGCCAUAGUGCGGGUUUUUGGGGAGGAAGUUGCAGAGCUUCCUCUAGUUGCAACAAGGAGUGAUUGUCAAGGAAAGGGAUACUUUCAGGCGCUCUUUGCCUGUAUUGAGCAUCUUUUGUUGUCACUCAACAUCAAGGAUCUGGUGCUUCCUGCAGCAGAUGAAGCAGAAUCACUGUGGAAAACCAGAUUUGGGUUUGAAAAACUUGACCUGGAAAAGUUAGAUGAAUACAAGAAGAGUUACCAGCUGAUGAUCUUUGAGGGAACUUCGAUUCUGCACAAGUCGAUGUCAAAGUCUUGAAGUAUCAACUGGAGUGUAUGUAUGUAGCAAGAUUUUUGAAGAGAUGGUUUUUCCCCAGCAUAGGCCAUUAAAAUUAUUUGGAUGGUUUUGUUCAUGUUAUAGAAUGUGAAAAUGCCAAAGUACAUAGAGGUAUACUUACACCUAGGUAGGCUGCAGCUCAAUUGUUAAUUGUAGGAUUAUGUGGUUGGAGUAGAAUCAUCUCCUGUGUAAUUUCCAUCUAUUUUUGUUCAACUGCUACAAGUCUUAUUUUUUCUUCUAAUUAUCACCAUUCUGUCUUAAUUCCUUA